GAUCCAGUAAGAGAACAGCACCAGAGAGGUGUCCCCGUCCUCUUGAUGAGCAGAAUAUGGAGGACAUUACUACAGGGAAAGAUCUGAUCUAUAUUAAGGCUACAGACAUAAAGGAAGAAGAAGAAGAGACAGAUGUGAGCGGUGAUGAGCAGUAUAAGGAGGACAUUCAUACAGAUAACCGCACAGAUUCUUGUAGCAGGAGAUCAGAGGAGAAUCUUAUAUCUUCAGAUUAUAAAGCAGAUGAUGAUAUCACACAAGAUACAUAUGAAGAACAUUCCAUUAUCCCAGAUACACCCUCAGCCCUUCACAGCCAAGAUCUGUCAUCUCAUCCUUAUAUACAGGUCCUGUCUUCUCAGUCAUCACAGGAUGUUCAGCAAAAUAAAAGUCACAAAAGGGGUGCUGGACAUCAAAGAGAUUGUGCAGGGAAGAAGCAAUAUUCAUGUUCAGUAUGUGGAAAAUGUUUUACUUCUAAAUCAAGUCUUGUUGAACAUCAGAGAACUCACACAGGGGAUAAACCAUUUUUAUGUUCAGAAUGUGGAAAAUGUUUUACUUUUAAAUCACGGCUUGUUAGACAUCAGAGAAUUCACACAGGAGAGAAGCCAUUUGUAUGUUCAGAAUGUGGAAAAUAUUUUACUCAGAGAUCACAUCUGUCUGAACAUCAAAAAAUUCAUAUUGGAGAGAAGCCAUUUUCAUGUUCAGAAUGUGGUAAAUGUUUUACUCAGAGAUCACAUCUGUCUGAACAUCAAAAAAUUCAUAUUGGAGAGAAGCCAUUUUCAUGUUCAGAAUGUGGAAAAUGUUUUACUCAGAGAUCACAUCUGUCUGAACAUCAAAAAAUUCAUAUUGGAGAGAAGCCAUUUUUAUGCUCAGAAUGUGGAAAAUGUUUUACUUCCAAAUCAUGGCUUGUUCAACAUCAGAGAACCCACACAGGAGAGAAGCCAUAUUCAUGUGCAGAAUGUGGAAAAUGUUUUACUCGAAAG